AUGACUGCCAAUUUUCCAAAAUUCGAGGAGCAGACACUUCGCUUUUGGCGAGAAGUCGACGCCUUCAAGACCCAGCUUCGAUUGACGGAGGGAGGGCCGAGAUUCUCCUUUUACGAUGGUCCUCCUUUUGCCACCGGCCUCCCUCACUACGGUCAUUUCUUGACUGGUACAUUGAAAGACAUUAUUCCCAGAUACUGGUCCAUGAAGGGAUACCAUGUCGUGCGAAGAUUUGGCUGGGACACGCACGGUGUUCCCAUCGAGUAUCAGAUUGACAAAAAGUUUGGCAUCUCCGGCCCUGAUGCCGUUCGACAGAUGGGAAUCGAAAAGUACAAUGCCGAGUGCAAGGCCAUCGUCAUGACAUACGCCGAGGACUGGAAGAAGAUCAUGGAACGACUCGGUCGAUGGGUUGACAUGGAGAACGAUUACAAGGCCAUGGAUCCGUCCUUUAUGGAGUCAGUUUGGUGGGUGUUUAAGCAGUUGUUUGACAAGGACCAAGUAUACAGAGCAUAUCGCAUCAUGCCGUAUUCCACCGCCCUGUGCACACCCCUCAGUCUGAUGGAGUCCAAGGACAACGAGAAAAUGACACAAGAUCCCGCUAUAUUGGUUUCGUUUCCGGUAGUUGGUGUGAAGGGAAAGGAGAACACGUCUCUCGUGGUAUACACAACUACCCCGUGGACUCUGCCGUCAAAUCUGCUCAUCGCAGUGCAUCCCGAUUUCGAGUACCUCGAGAUUCUCGACGAACAAAGCGGGAACCAAUACAUAACGAUGGAGAGUGGUCUCAGCAUGCUCUACAAAGAUCUCAAAAAGGCCAAAUACAAGGUCCUCAACAAACUCAAGGGUAGGGAACUCGUGGGUUGGAAGUAUAAACCGCUCUUCAAAUACUUCAACGAGACUUUUCACGAUUGCUUCCAGGUCAUAGCAGCCGAUUACGUGGAAGCAGGAGAGGGAACGGGAUUGGUUCACCAGGCGCCUGCAUUUGGUCAGGAAGAUUAUGAUGCGGCCGUUGCAGCUGGAUUCAUCGGUCCCAGUCGACUGCCACCAUGCCCGGUAGAUGAGAAAGGAUGCUUCACUGCUGAAAUACCUGAAUACGCGGGUGUCCAUGUAAAAGUUGCGGACAAAGCCAUCAUGAAGGACCUGAGACCUACCGGGCGCCUCCUGGUCGAAAGCCAGAUCAUGCACGUUGACAAGUUCUGUUGGCGUUCAGAUACACAGCUCAUCAGAAAAGCUGUUUCAUCCUGGUUCAUCAAAGUCGAGAACUCUAUACCUCAGAUGAUGGAAAACCUACAGGGCACGAGCUGGACACCUUCAUUUGUCAAGGAGAAGCGAUUUGCGAAUUGGAUCGCCAACGCCCGUGAUUGGAAUGUAUCGCGCAACCGAUAUUGGGGAACUCCGAUCCCUCUUUGGGUCAGCGACGACUACGAAGAGGUUGUCUGCGUCGGAAGUGUGGAGGAACUGAAACGAUUGAGUGGCUACACUGGAGAGAUCAACGACUUGCAUCGGGAUAAGAUUGACCACAUUACGAUCCCCUCAAAGAAAGGGAAAGGAGAUUUGAAGCGUGUUGAAGAAAUUUUUGACUGCUGGCUCGAAUCCGGAGCAAUGCCUUACGCGUCUAUACACUAUCCCUUCGAAAACCAGGACGAAUUUCACGGGGGACACUUCCCCGCCGAUUUUAUUGCCGAGGGAUUGGACCAAACUCGAGGUUGGUUCUAUACUCUGACGGUGCUAGGCAACAAGCUGCUUGGCAAGUCGCCCUUUAAAAAUGUACUUGUCAAUGGCAUGGUGCUUGCCGAGGAUGGAAAGAAAAUGUCCAAGAGUCUCAAGAACUUCCCCGACCCGAGUCUCAUAUUCGAAAAGUACGGCUCCGAUGCUCUGAGGUUGUACAUGAUCAGCUCCCCAGUCGUGAGGGCUGAACCACUUCGAUUCAAAGAGACAGGCGUUAAAGAGAUUGUUUCCAAGGUGUUACUUCCUCUGUGGAAUAGUUAUCGCUUCUUCUCCGAGCAAGCUGCUCUAUACAAGAAGUCUACUGGCAAUGACUUUGUUGCGGACGCCAAGUUUUCUGCUGGUGGCUUAAACAACGUCAUGGAUCGAUGGGUGCUGGCCGAAUGCCAAAGUCUCCUCCAAUUCAUUGAGCAGGAGAUGCGAGGAUACCGAGUGUACACUGUGGUGCCUCGACUACUAAAACUUAUUGACGACUUGACGAAUUGGUACAUUAGAUUCAACCGAAAGCGACUCAAGGGAGCCGCAGGACUUGGAACAGCCGACACCACUGCCGGUCUGAACACGCUGCUACAAGUUCUCUUCACCUUGGUUAGAGCAUUGGCUCCAUUUACCCCCUUUAUCACUGAACACAUAUACGGCUUGCUGAAGCCGUUCCUGGGAGAAGUCCUGGCGUCAUUUAAAGACUCUCGAAGCGUGCACUUCUUACCUUUCCCCACUGCUCAAGAGGAGCUUCUUGACGAAGAUAUUGAACGCAAGAUGGCAGCCAUGCAAAAGGUGAUUCAAUUGGGCCGCGUAGCCCGUGAGAGGCGAAAUGUGUCCCUCAAGACUCCGCUCCUGAGCCUUGUGGUGAUCGCCGACAGCCAAUUCAUAUCUGAUGUGGACUCGUUGAAGAACUAUGUACAAGAGGAGCUCAAUAUCCGCGAUGUGAUCUUGACAACCGAUGAAGAGCAAUAUGGCAUAUCGCUUGAAGCUAGGGUAGAUUGGCCCACUCUGGGAAAGAAGCUCAAGAAGGACGUACAGACGGUUCGAAAGGCGCUGCCAACAUUGUCACAGGACCAGCUGCGGAUGUACCAGCGUGAGAAGAAGAUUACCAUUCAGAAUAUUGAACUCGACGAGAAUGACUUGACGAUUGUACGAAUAAUGGACAAAGACUCAUCCGCUACGGCUGUCGGAUCAGGUCCUCAAUGGGAGCCAGCAUUCGCCGACGAGGCUAUUGUGCUGCUUGACGCUGCACCGCACCCAGAACUAGUUGACGAAGGCUUAGCAAGAGAGAUGAUCAACCGAGUUCAGCGACUUCGAAAGAAGGGAGGCUUGGUUCCCACCGAUGAUGUCCACAUGGGGUAUGCUGUUGUUUCCAACCCCGAAGGCAUAGAUGUAGAUGCGGUAGUCUCAUCUAGAAGAGACUUAUUCGAGGGUGCCCUUCGUGGCAUGUUGGAAAAGAUGUCAGACCAAACUGACAAUAGAGAGGUGAUUUUGGAAGAGGAGAGUACAGUUGGGGAGUUGACCCUCAAACUGGGGUUAUUCAAGAUUUGA